CAAAUUGUGGGAAAGCUUUCAGUCAGAAUUCCCACCUUGUAAACCAUCAGAGAACUCAUACAGGGGAGAAACCGUACGAGUGUCCAGAUUGUGGGAAAGGUUUCAGUCAGAAUUCCAAUCUCUUGAUGCACCAGAGGACUCACACAGGGGAGAAACCAUAUGAGUGUCCAGAUUGUGGAAAAAGUUUCCGUCUUAAUUCCCAUCUGGUGGUACACAGGAGGUCGCAUACAGGGGAGAAACCAUAUGAGUGUCUGGAUUGUGGGAAAGGUUUCACUCAUAGUUCCCACCUUGUGAUACACCGGAGAACACACACAGGAGAGAAACCUUAUGAGUGUCCAGAUUGUGGGAAAGGUUUUCGUGUAAAUUCCCACCUGGUGGCACACCAGAGAAUUCACACAGGAGAGAAACCGUAUCAGUGUCUGCAUUGUGGGAAAAGUUUCAGUCAGAAUUCCCAACUAGUGGUGCACCAGAGGACACACACAGGAGAAAAACUGUAUGAGUGUCCAGAGUGUGGAAAAAGUUGCACUCACAAUUCCGACCUCAUGGUACACCUGAGGACACACACAGGAGAGAAACCGUAUGAGUGUCCAUAUUGUAGGAAACGUUUCAGUCACAAUUCCAACUUGGUGGUACACCAAAGGAUACACACAGGAGAGAAACCAUAUGAGUGUCCGUACUGUGGGAAAAGUUUCAGUCGGAAUUCUUACCUGGUGAUACACCAGAGGACUCACACUGGGGAGAAACCAUAUCAGUGUUUGGAUUGUGGGAAAAGUUUUAGUCACAGUUCUGAACUGGUGAGACAUCAGAGGAUACAUACAGGAGAGAAACCAUAUGAGUGUCCAGACUGUGGGAAAAGUUUCAGUCAGAAUUCCAGCCUGGUGAUACACAAGAGGACUCACACUGGGGAGAAACCUUAUGAGUGUUCGGACUGUGGGAAAACUUUCAGUCAGAACUGCUACCUGAUUAUACAUGAGAGGACUCACACAGGGGAGAAACCAUAUGAGUGUCUGUAUUGUGGGAAAAGUUUCAUUCGGAAUUAUGCCUUGGUGAUACACCAGAGGACUCACACAGGGGAGAAACCAUAUGAGUGUUUGGAUUGUGGGAAAAGUUUCCGUCUCAGUUCCCACCUAGUGGUGCACCAGAGGAUUCACACUGGGAAGAAACCAUAUGUGUGUCAGGAUUGUGGGGAAAGUUUCAGUCAGAAUUGUCUUUUGAUAUACCACCAGAGGGCACACACAGGAGAAAAACCGUAUGAGUGUCCAGAGUGUGGGAAAAGUUUCAGUAACAAUUCUCACCUGGUGGUGCACCAGCGGAUUCACACAGGAGAGAAACCAUAUGAGUGUCUGGAUUGUGGGAAAAGUUUCAGUCGGAAUUCCCACCUGGUGGUGCAUCAGAGAACUCACACAGGGGAGAAACCCUAUGAGUGUCCCGAUUGUGGGAAAGGUUUUCGUGUUAAUUCCCACCUUGUAUACCAUCAGAGAACUCAUACAGGGGAGAAACCAUACGAGUGUCCAGAUUGUGGGAAAGAUUUCAGUCAGAAUUCCCAUCUGGUGGUACACAAGAGGUCGCACACAGGGGAGAAACCAUAUGAGUGUCUGGAUUGUGGGAAAGGUUUCAGUCAGAAUUCCCAACUAGUGGUGCACCAGAGGACACACACAGGAGAGAAACCGUAUGAGUGUCCAGAUUGUGGGAAAGGUUUUCGUGUUAAUUCCCACCUGGUGGCACACCAGAGAAUUCACACAGGAGAGAAACCAUAUCAGUGUCUGGAUUGUGGGAAAAGUUUCAGUCAGAAUUCCCAACUAGUGAUGCACCAGAGGACACACACAGGAGAAAAAUUGUACGACUGUCCAGAGUGUGGAAAAAGUUGCACUCACAAUUCCGACCUCAUGGUACACCUGAGGACACACACAGGAGAGAAACCGUAUGAAUGUCCAAUUUGUAGGAAACGUUUCAGUCACAAUUCCAACUUGGUGGUACACCAAAGGAUACACACAGGAGAGAAACCAUAUGAGUGUCCGUACUGUGGGAAAAGUUUCAGUCGGAAUUCUUACCUGGUGAUACACCAGAGGACUCACACUGGGGAGAAACCAUAUCAGUGUUUGGAUUGUGGGAAAAGUUUUAGUCACAGUUCUGAACUGGUGAGACAUCAGAGGACUCACACAGGGGAGAAACCAUAUGAGUGUCCAGACUGUGGGAAAAGUUUCAGUCAGAAUUCCAGUCUGGUGAUACACAAGAAGACUCACACUGGGGAGAAACCUUAUGAGUGUCCAGAUUGUGGGAAAACUUUCAGUCAGAGUUGUUACCUGGUUAUACAUGAGAGGACUCACACAGGGGAGAAACCAUAUGAGUGUCUAUAUUGUGGGAAAAGUUUCAUUCGGAAUUAUGCCUUGGUGAUGCACCAGAGGACUCAUACGGGUGAGAAACCAUAUGAGUGUCUGGAUUGUGGGAAAAGUUUCAUUCGGAAUUAUGCCUUGGUGAUACACCAGAGGACUCAUACGGGUGAGAAACCAUAUGAGUGUCCCGAUUGUGGGAAAGGUUUUAGUACUAGGUCUAAACUUGUAAAUCAUGUAGGUUUGCACAUAGGAGAGAAACCUUUCAAAUGCUCAGAAUGUGGACGGUGCUUUACUCAAAAUUCCUCCCUUACCGCACACAAGAAAAUCCACAUGAAGCAAAAGGUGUUGAAUACAGAGAAGGCAUAAAUUUCCUUUCUGAACUCCCUCGGAAAUGCAGUUGAGAAAUUAACUGUUUAAUUUCUCAGCUCAUUCACUUUAUUACAGUGGUUCUCAACCUGUGGGUCGCAACCCCAUUUGGGGUUGAACGACCAUUUCACGGGGGUCGCCAAACAACGCAGCCUGCCAUUUUUUCCCCCUUUUCCUUAGCUGUGCU